ACAAUCUCCCACUACCGAUCUGUCUGUAUCUUUGAUUGACAAUCCACAGGCUAUCCUAUACUGCAUAGGACUAGGUUACGGGAAACCUAGUUGGUAUUAUGAUUUCAAUACAAACUACCGCAAAGAAUGGACGCGCUCAAUGAGCCAACCUGGCAGGGCUUCCCAGCUAGUCAGGAGGCAGAGUCCCCAGACACUCACAAUCGCAGCGACGCGUCCGAGUCUUCUGGGGAGCCCGCGCAGGAGACUCCCAAAAAGCAUUAUCCCCCUCGGGUCUGCCGGAUCUGUCUUGAGACGGUCCUCCCUACCCUCCUGCCUCCGUCCGAACACAUCCCGGACUUCCUCCAGUCCGGCCCGCGAGUCGUCUACGAGUCGUCGGACCCGGAUUCCGGCCGGUUGGUGAGCCCGUGCAAGUGCAAGGGAUCCUCGCGUUAUGUCCACGAAGGAUGCCUGCAGGCCUGGCGCCAUGCGGACCCGGAUUACAGCAAGAGGAAUUUCUGGCAGUGUCCGACGUGCGGGUUCCAAUACCGGCUGGAGCGGCUCACCUGGGCGCGCUGGAUCAGUAGUACCUUUACGCAGUUGGGCUUGACGGUGGCCAUUCUAAUGUUGACUGUGUUUUUGCUUGGUUUUGUUGCUGACCCGAUCAUCAAUCUCUACGUGGAUCCGAUGGAGACCCUGUAUAACUCGGAUUUCUGGGAGCCCAGUGUGCCCGACUCGCUGGCCCCGGAGACGGGAUCCUCCUGGUUGGAGCACUUUUUCAAAGGCCUGGCGUCGUUGGGGGUGCUGUCGGUCGUCAAGGCCAUCUUCGCCCUGUCUCCAUGGCAAUGGUGGUACACGCGGUCGUCGGUCCUGCUCAACGGCGGUCGGAACACCGGGCGGAAUCGUACCGCGUCCAUCAGUUGGGUGGUCAUCUUUUUCGGGGUGAUGACCUUUCUCUGGGCGGUGUACAAAGGUGUCCGCAGCUGGUGCCGACGUACGUUGGAGAAAGCGGGCGAACGCGUCAUGGACGUACCGUUGCCUGAUGAUGAGGAGGAAGAAGCCUCCGCGGAACGUAGGAAAGACCAAUAGCCGGGAGUAUGGUGGUCUGCGACCCAGCUGUUCUGUACCUUUACUCCUAUCGCACUACUUUAAGUUGUCACGAUCCUAUCCCAUGACGUGCUGAUUAGUCACUGUGCGAAGAACGAGUUUGACCCUCAAAACUCCUCGAUGUCGUCUGAGAAGGAGCCUGGUUGGAGCAGAGCGUUUUGUUCUCUCCUGCCGACUCCUUUAUCCCCAGGCGCGUCGAGGGGGAGGGUCGUACCGCAAUCCUCACUAAAUUUGGCGCUACGAUGUCGGCGUUUGUAUUGAGCUGUGGUACAUUGUAAAUAUCAUACUUAAUAAACGAUUCUCCUCG